AGUGCUUAUCUUCAUUUACACUGCUUCAAUAUUUUGUCUUUUACUAAUUGAUGUUCUCAAAUUGUUCGAGACAUUGUUUCCUUAACUUGUCAAAGUAUGAAAAAUUAUCCUGCUGAAUUUGAGCUAAGUUUCAGUUUACUUUUAUCAAACUCAUAUUUUCUUGACUUAUAAUUUUAAAUUCAUGUUGCUGUUAGAAAUUUCUUGAGCAUUCCCCUUCAAAUCUAAGUGCUGGAUCCCAGUUUUUAUGCUGAAAAGUCAGAAAUCCUGGAGUGAUAAGAUAGGUGGGGUUUGUGAAUCAAAAAGAUUGAAAGAGAGCUGGCUGGGGUUGGGUUUUGCAGAUUUGUCUAUACUUAAAACUAUAUCAUAUCUUAAGCAAUGAGUAAUGUCUUGAAAAAUAAAAUGAUGUGGGACCUUGCUGACCUUUACAUUAUGCAUUGUGUUUCUGCCCUUAAAAAAAAUCUUAAAAAAAUGAUUUGUGGAACAGUUUAUAGAAGAUAGAGAAAUUAAAAAACUACUUUGUUGUGGAUAUUAAUUCAGGUUAAUGUGGCUGGGAGUACUUGUCACCUUUCAAAUUUAUGCUUGUAUUAAUGAUAAAGGUCCAAGAACAAACAUGGAGAUUGGACUUGAGAAUUUUUUUUUUUAAAGAAAACCAAUUAUAGGAAAUUGAUCUCUCUCUCUCAGUUGUGCACGCUUCUGCACUGUGGGACCUGAGCCUUCAUUUGGUGAAAAAAUGUUUGUAUGUCUUUGUCCUAGACUGAAACAAGUGGCAGAGAUUUAGGGUUUUCAUGUUUUUCUAGGGAAGUCUUUGCUUUUUGUAAGGAUUUUUGUUUUGUCCAUAACAAUCUUUAUUCUGCUGGAUGGACCAUGUGAAUCAUUUUUUUUAGCUUCAAAAGUUACCAAUUUCCCCUGAUGUCAAAGCUUGGUCCUUAAUCCUUAUGCUUCUCAUGGGUUUUGUGAACCUUUGCUGCACCAUGGUUCGUUAUUAAUUGGUUGAGAUGUGAAAUAUGGAAGUUGUCAGAAAUCUUAUUUCUGGGGAGAUAAGAGAUAUGGCUUUGAAUUGUUAAAGAGUACUUGUUUUAUGUUUAGAUAAAGAUUGAAGUAAUAUGUCAUCUGGACUAGAAACUAUAAAUUAACAAGAGAUAAUGACAUGUUUUGAAUUUAACAAUAAAAAAAAAAGGAUAGAAAAUUUGUUUAUUAUUUAAAGGAAAUUGCUUCAAUGCUUCAACUGGGCCUACCUCUGGAAACAUAACAGUGGCAUAUUCUCUUUGAAACAAUAUAAUUAACUAAUGAGUUUUCCAAUAGUACAAGAGACCAAAUAGAGUUUCCCUAUUGAAUAUCGCACCAGACAGCUAUCAUUUUGACAAGAAAUUUAAUUAAGUAGAGCACGUAUAAUCAUUGACCUUUCCAUUAUCAGACUGGUACAUGUACUUUACUCAGCCUCUUUAAAACACAAUCAUUGUUUCAGGGCUCUGCUUAUGCCUUAUGAGCUUGUUAAGUUGAAAUUGUAAUUAGAGAAGGGUAGAGGUUGGAUGGGCAUGUCCACUUUCAGCUCUCUUUUCCAAUUUCCAAUAGCUUGAGAAGAAGUGUGCCUGGCAUGUGUUCUUCUGAGAAAGUGGCUUUAGAAAGUUAUGCAUUUCAGUUCUAACCUUGAGUCAGAUAAAGUUGGAUACUAUCAUCCACUUCCUGAUUCAGAGUCUUCUUCAACCUCAGAAACUGAUCUGAAAAAUGAGAAAAGAAACAAGAUAUGGCAUGAGGAUGCUGCUGAAGGUGGAUCGCAAGAACACGAGGGACCACAGGGUGUUUCAGCUCACAGAAAGACUCACAUUAACAAGUAUGCUCUUGGUGGUGCCAUUCUGGCCUCCACAAACUCUGUUCUCUUGGGCUAUGAUAUUGGAGUGAUGAGUGGUGCAAUACUCUACAUCAGAGACAACCUCAAAAUCUCAUCAACACAAGUGGAGAUCUUGGUGGGUUGCCUUAAUUUAUGUUCACUAAUUGGAUCCCUUGCAUCAGGUAGAACAUCUGAUUACAUUGGCAGACGGUAUACCAUUGUUCUGGCUGCAGCCACAUUCCUAAUUGGCGCUCUUUUAAUGGGACUGGCACCAUCUUUUAUAUUUCUAAUGGCUGGAAGGGUAGUUGCUGGCAUUGGUGUUGGCUACUCCCUAAUGAUUGCUCCAGUCUACACUGCAGAGCUCUCACCAGCCACGACUCGAGGCUUUCUAUCUUCCCUUCCUGAAGUCUUUAUUAAUAUUGGAAUACUACUUGGAUAUAUCUCAAACUAUGCUCUCUCAAGUCUUCCUGAGAACAUCAACUGGAGACUAAUGCUUGGACUUGCAGCUUUGCCAGCUAUUCUUGUUGCUUUAGGUGUCCUGGUGAUGCCAGAGUCCCCUCGUUGGCUUGUCAUGAAAGGACGGUUCGAUGAUGCAAAGCAAGUUUUGAUAAAAACUUCGGACUCAAAGGAGGAAGCAGAAUUGAGAUUAGCUGAAAUGAUAGAAGCUGCCAAGGCCCCAGGAGCUGCUUCAAGCAAUUGGCAAGGACAGGGUGCUUGGAAAGAGUUAUUGUGUAGACCGUCUCCCCCCAUUCGCCGAGUUCUCAUUGCUGCAAUUGGAGUUAACUUCUUCAUGCAGGCUUCAGGCAAUGAUGCUGUUGUGUAUUACAGUCCUGAAGUGUUGAAGGACGCUGGAAUCCAGAGCAGGCAACAGCUUGUAGGUGUUACAGUAAUCAUGGGAAUAGCCAAAACAUUCUUUGUUUUGGUUUCAGCUCUUUUCUUGGACAGAUUUGGGAGGAGGCCCCUCUUGUUGUUGGGGUCCACUGGGAUGGCUGCUUCACUGGCUGCCUUAGGUGUGGGCUCAAAGUAUCUAGAGCAGUCAGACAAGAAGCCUGUGUGGGCCAUUGCAUUGUGUAUAGUGGCAGUAUGUGCUGAUGUGUCCUUCUUUUCAAUUGGGCUUGGUCCAAUCACUUGGGUCUACUCAUCAGAGAUAUUUCCUAUGAGGUUAAGGGCUCAAGGUUCCAGUUUGGCAAUAUCAAUUAACAGAUUGGUAAGUGGGAUUAUUGCCAUGACAUUUUUAAGCAUUUCCAAGCUAAUCUCGUUUGGAGGAAUGUUUUUUUCAUUGGCAGGGAUUAUGGUAGUUGGUAUAGUUUUCUUUUAUUUCUUCUUGCCUGAAACUAAAGGCAAGACCUUGGAAGAUAUUGGGAUUCUGUUUGAAGAUAAAAUUCCUGAGAAUGAAACACACUUUCUUUCUUAACUAAAAAAUGCAUGCAGUUCCAAUUCCUUUUGCAUUUUCAACUUGGAAAUGCAUAGAAGCUUAGUAGUUGGGGGGAACAUGUGAGUUGUAUAGAUUGGAAUGUGAUGAAAAUGGUUUUUGCCUUGUAUGAGAUCGGUAGCCAUGGGAGGUUGCAAAAUUGUGGGAGAAUAGUCCAUUCAUUCAUUCAUGUAUAUAGUUGGAAGAGCAUUUUUUGGGUUAAUAUAGGUUAUAUUUGGCGUUGAAGUUCAUGGGCUAAAAUACACAUUUCAAAAUGUUGUUAGAAAAAACAAAUUAGAAAUUUAAGGUUUUUUUUUUGUCAAAGAUAAAAAGUUUAUUAAUGCACGAAAACAGCUGCAACGACAAAGGCCGCAUGCUUCCAUCACUAUCGAUUCCCGUUAAUGAACUUGCGCCACAAGCCAGCCAAUAGAAGCAGCGCUGCAUGCUUCCAUCACUAUCGGUUCCCGUCGAUCGGAGAGACAAAACAAGGAGCGAACGGAAUCGAGACUUUUGGAAGUUAAUUUAUAUGGAAUUUAAAGCUUCUGCAUGAGUUACCAAUCUUUCUUUGGAUAGACUCUCUGCAAUGAUCGUCUGCACAGAAUUAUUCCUUCAGCUAUGAAUAGAAAUGCUGUGGGCAGAAA